AUGAAUAACUACUAUCCGGAUUAUACGAGACCCGAUGGGCCAAGAAAUGAGUGGUGUCCUCCAAGAACUCGUUUCUUGCCAAUCUUGGAAGAAAUAGAAUUUAUUAAAAAAACCAGAAAUAUCGACAAAAUAGAGCUGGGAAUAACAAACAUCGACCUUCUAGAACCUUUUGAUUACGAUCAUCCCGAAAACAACUACAUCAAUUACUGCCAGCACAAUAAUGCUCUCAAUCUUCAACAUCAUAACAGCGACAUCAACCAUCGUCAAACUCAAGAUAGCAGUAUCAACCAUCGGCCAAAUCAAGGUUGCGACAUAAACCGUCAUCUAACUAAAGGUUGCUAUAUCAACCGUUAUCCAAAUCAAGGUGAUGACAACAAUCGUCAUCAAAAUCAAGCAGAAGCAGAGGCAAAAAAGGAAAGGACUAGGUACCUUGAGAUGCACCGACAACAGAUUAGGCUUGAAAACCUAAUCAAAAAGAGAUUAUUAUCACCUAGACUACCUACGCUCACUAGGAAAAAAAGAAGGAUGUAA